AUGAAUCUGCUAGAAGCUAUCAAGAACGACGUCCUAAAGCAGAAGGAAGAAGAAACGUUGAACCAAUUCUCAACUGUGGCGGAGUUUAGAGAAUUCAUUUUGGCGUCGCACCCAACUGCUGAUCCGACAGCAAAUGCCCUAGCCGACUUGACACCUCUGAAGCGCAAACCGUAUCUGGUUCAAGUGACGUUUGAACCUGGUGCCGUGUACAAAUUUUCCCAUGCCGAUGGGGUUGGUUUCUAUGCUGAUAUUGCAAAGGGGAGCGUUCAGUACGAGCUCGGUAACAAGUACAAGAUUUUCGAGGUCGAACCACCACUGAAAAAACGCAAGGUGGCCUUGGCGAAGCGCAGCAAGCGCCACACCUGA